CCGAAAGGCAUGGCCUUCCUGACUGUGCGACGCCUCCGUGAAGGGGGCCUACUAUACGAGGUUAACACCAAGGAGGGCGCGACCUGGCUGCAGCACCAGGACAACAAGAAACGGUUUACCGACCGCUUCGGUCUCGAGUCUGCCAUCCGCGCACGCCACUAUGCGUGCCUGCUACGCGGUGUACCGACGUACUUCCGCCCUGGCGAUGAUGACGCCUUGCGUGACCUUGAACAUGCGAACGGAUGGGACAGGCACGACCUGACGGCUGCCCACUGGAUAAAGCCGGAGGACAAACGCCGCGACGGACAGAAGAGUGCGUAC